AUGGCGGUCGGCGACAGUCUACCGGCCCUGUUGGCCUUUUCUCUCUUGGAAGCAUACUUCCUCCAGCGCACCGUCUUUGCCGAUGAGUCUUUUCGCACGGUGGUAUUAGGCGCCUUGGGUGUGAAUUUGGUGCUCAAGGGCAUCUACAAUGGGAUAAUAUGGCCCCUGUUCAUGAAUCCACUGCGCCAUCUUCCCACUAUCCCAGGCUAUAUGAACCAUGCCAAAAUCAUCUUUGAUUCCCCGCGUGGUCGCUCACCGUUGCACUGGAUGAAGACCAUCCCUAAUGAUGGUCUUAUUCAUAUGCGCGAUAUGAUCAGUCAGAGUUACCUGAUCCCAACGAAUCACCAGGCCCUAUUAGACAUCAUGAGUACCAACACUUACGACUUCGAGAAGCCCUGGCGUGCGCGCAAUUUCCUCGCUCGGAUUCUAGGGUUCGGUUUGAUUUUGUCUGAGGGUCCCGCGCACAAGAGGCAGCGGAAGGCUCUCACGCCCGCGUUCAAUAUCAAAAACAUCCGCGCUAUGUACUCUUUGAUGUGGGACAAGACUAAUCAGCUCUUGGUGGAGAUGGAGAAGGAGCUAAAGUUGAACCCGAUGGAAGGUACUAAUCCCAAAGAUGGUGUUGGCAAGUUAGAAAUGGGAGUCUGGGGAAGUCGUCUGACUCUCGAUAUCAUCGGUCCAGCUGCUAUGGGUCGAGACUUCCGGUCUCUGCAAAAUCUUGAUAACAGAGUCGCUGAAAGCUUCCUCAACAUCCUCGAACCUACCACCGAGAAAAUGGCUUUCUUGGCGAUGAAUUUCACCUUGCCGCAGUGGAUCGCCCAGCGAGUUCCAUGGCGUUUGAACCAGGUUGUAGCUAACGAGACCGGUUUCCUGCGUAAUCUCUGUACAGACAUUGUCAUUGAAAAGCGGAAGUUCUUGGCCGAUUCCAAGGCGUCUGCCAAGGAUCUCGAAGCUGAUAUUCUCGGCACGAUGAUGCUGGGUGGUGAUUUCUCCGAUACCGAGCUAGUGGAUCAGAUGUUGACUUUCCUGGCUGCCGGACACGAAACCACCGCAAGUGCCCUAACCUGGGCAUGUUAUCUCAUGACCCUUCACCCCGAGUGCCAAGAGAGGCUUCGCGCCGAGAUUCGCUCAAAGAUCCCAACCGCCGAGAGUUCAAUCACAUACAGCGAUCUCGAAUCGCUCCCUUUACUAAACGGCGUCUGCCAAGAGGUUCUCCGCCUGUAUCCAACUGUGCCCGCCACGAUCCGUGAAGCCGUGCGGGACACAACAAUCGCAGGCAAGCACGUGCCCAAAGGGACUCGUCUCAUUCUCUGUCCCUACGCCAUCAACCGUUGCCCGUUAUUCUGGGGCGACAAUGGCGAGGAAUUUCUUCCUGAGCGCUGGAUCGACACAGACAAGAAUGGAAACCUGGUUCCUAACAAGAACGGUGGAGCGUCGACUAACUUUGCGGAGAUUACUUUCCUGCAUGGUCAGAGGUCUUGUAUUGGAAAGGACUUUGCUAGAGCAGAGUUACGGUGUGCGGUUGCAGGUGUUGUUGGACGCUUUGCACUGGAGAUGCAGGAUCCUAAGCAGGAGAUUCAUAUUGCUGGGGCGGUUACUACUAAACCCGUCGAGGGAAUGCAUUUGAGGAUGCGUCGUGUUGAGGGGUGGUAG